AUGGAUGAGCUGCUGCAAAGUUAUGUGAAAAAGAAGGGUAUAGCUGCUUCCUUCGAGUUGGGCCGCUACAGUGCCCUGCAGACACAGAAUGCUAUCAAUGGCUCUGCGCUGUCGAAGCUGAAAGAGUUGGUAGGUGUCUUGAUGAAGUUGGAGACGGGCCUGCACUUCAAGUUUUCAGACUUGAAGGGGUCCUUGCGGAGGUGCUGCCUACAGUUUCCGGAGUUGAGGUACAAGAUGGAGGAAAGCAAGAGGCGCCUGAAAGACUCAACAAGGUUCCGGGAGGCUUGCUCAAAGUGCACAGACGACGAAAAGAAAGAGCUCUUGGAGAUGAAGAAGUGGCUUAGUGGAGAAGAAAGCGAAGGAGAGGACCAAGAAUCUGUGGCUGGUUCCAUAGAGCUUCCAAGCUUGCCAGCAACACCUUUGAUGGCAACACCGAAGAAGAGAAAGGCAGUGGCCUCGGCCACGCCAGAAGAGAAAGGACAGCCUGACUUGGAUGAGGAAGCAGAAAUGGCGACCCCACUGCCUUCCAGAAAGGCAAAGCUGAAGGAGAAAGUCCUGAAGAGGCCUGCAGCUGUUUCACCGCAAAAGAAACCAGCAGCUAAGAAGGUUGAGAAAAAGAUGGAAGGCAAGAAGAGCUGGGUUCUGAUGCACUACAAGAGAAGCAAGGUCAGAAAGAGUGAUGCAUGGGCUGUUCGCCAGUGUGGGGGCUCGCAAUUGUUUCAAAUGGUGUGUUCAAAAGACAAGAAUGCGGAAGGCAUUUGCAAGCAGGCUGUGAAAAAGUUGGAAGAUGGAGAUUCGCCUAGGAAAGUCAAAGAAUGGGCAAAGGCUCAGUAA